AUGUCUCUCCAAAGCAAGGAUCAGUCUGUCUCUUCUAGUCUGUCCUUCCUCAAAAAUCAAGAUAAAAAUUUGGAGGCUAAAGUGACUAAAAGGGCUUUACCGAAUUUCAAAGCUAAUCCUUAUGCUAAAAAAGUAGACAAUUUAUUUAAAAGAAAUGGACUUAUCACUUACUUGACCGUUCACUCUGAAUAUAGUACUAUUAAAGUCUCUUUUAAUUAUAAAAAUUUAAAAUUCUAUCGUAAACUUAUUAUCUGGCACAAAAAAAUUUCUGAAAAUGAUUAUCUAAGACUAGUUAAUAUGACCAAAAAAAAAGAAUAUAAAUGGAUACUUGUUACCGAAUCGUUGAUAGAUGCAACAGGCAAUAACAAGAUGGAAGAUUUUAUGUCUUUAACGAAAAAACAUUUGAGAAUUAUGAACUUGGAUGAAUACGCGAUCAUUGACUAUCUAAAAGAAGAUUUUUUUGCUGAAUUUUUCGAAAAUAAUGAAAAGGAUUACUAUAUAAAAAAUGAUGAUGAAAGAGCAUUAUUUUUACAUUUUAUAAAUAGUUCUACAAAAAUUUUCUGGGACAAAUCAAUUGAAAAUAAUAUUCGUAAAUAG